AUGGGGAAGUCUUGGAAGGAAACAAGGCUGAGGUUGUAUGAUCGUUUUUAUGAGCCAACAUUCACGACUGAACAAAAUCUUGAGAAUCGCCCGCCGGGAAUUGAUCGAGAGCAUUGGAGAUGGUUCCUUGACUAUCGCGCUGAAGCUGAGACGAAGGAGAAGUGCAGGAAAAACGCGGUCAAUCGAUCAAAACAACAAUAUAUCCACAUUGGCGGUUCAAAAAGCUUCGCAAGGCAGAUGGAAGAAGAAGUUUUCGGAAAAGAGAAACCGGGUAGAGUAUGUAGUGUGGGUUUUGGACCGGCUCUUAGUCAACUCUUCGGUCCGAAUUCACAUGUGCCUAACAACAGAGUCCAACUAGAGGAGACUCAAAGGAAGCUGCUUGAACUGCAGGAAGAGUUGGAAGGAGAGAAGUUGAAGAGGAAGGCGAUGGAGGACGAGGCAUCAACAUAG